AUGUUGUUCAUCAAGUCGGCUUUGACGAUUUCGGCGCUGGUGGGAUUGGCAAGCGCGUUGACGAUGGAGCGUGUUGGUAAGAUAAGAGCUGUCUCGGGGUGGGAGGGGGGGAGAUGGGUUCCAGCUCACGAACAGGCGUCUAUCCUCGAGGCUAAUGUAGAGGCUCAUGGUUACAGAGCCCCCUUCGCAAUCUCCAACUCGGAGUGCGAGAAAGAAGACGCAGAUGACUGCACCGAGUUCUGUGGUGCGUCUGAGCAGACGGCUACGUGUAGCGCGAACGGGAAUAAGGUUACUUGCUCUUGUAAGGGCGGCAAGGCACCGGGCGGAGGCACGAAUUGCGAGGAGAGGUGUUUGUUGUGCAUGCCUGAUAAAUCUGCGUUUGAGGAGGCGAGUCGUGCUUUUGGACUUUAG